AUGGAUGAUGGCAAAGAUGCACCGUCGGUAGAUGUUUGUGGUGAUGACGAUGUUUCUUUGUUCGUCCAAAUGCGCUAUGAAAUCGAACAACUGAACCUAUGUUUCACGGUGCAUAAAGAGGAUACCCAUUUUGUGCCACAAACAGCUUUGGUGGAAUUUGUAAACACCGGAAAAGAUGACUCUGAAAACAUGGAAGAUGAUGGAUCUGAAAAAAUGGACGAAUUGGCAGCAAUUUGUCUUGCUUGUGAAGAGGUCGAUUUGGAUGGAGGCAGUGAUGAAGAAUUCCUUGCGGGUAACGGCAAAAAAAUGCUUAACUUUUCCGUUGAUGAUUCUGCAGAGGCAAACAGUGCGGUGGUCAGAAAGAAACGGCAUGGAAAAGCCUGGGCAAGAUGGAAACUUCCAAAUCAUCCCAAUCGCUUAUGCCGUCGUGGACAGCGAGAAGGAUGCAUCCUACAAAUGGUUCUUCAGGUGUCUCAGACGAUCAUAAGGGAUGAGAAAGGAGUGAUGUUCAUCUCCGUUAGACACUCAUCGAUCUACUCGGGACUGAAAAAGGUGUACCCGUCUGUUGGGCAUGGUGCGUGUUUGGUGCAUCUAGCGAGGAACGUGACAACAAAGUUUAAAGAGAGUUGCUUGCCUUCACUAAUGGUCCGUGCAGCAAAGGCUUAUAUGGUGUAUGAGUUCAACCAACUAUUUGCCGAGCUGCGACGAGUUAGCUCUGCAUGUGCGGAGUACUUAACUAAUAUAAGAUUACCACAUUGGACGAGGGCCUACUGUGUUGGUCAAUGCUACAACGUCAUGACAACCAAUUUUUCUGAGUCGCUGAACAAAGUACUAAAAGAAUGUACGGAAUUUCCCCUAAUAUCCAUACUUGAAGCGAUACGGAUGAGCCUAAUGGGAUGGUUUGUACGGAGAAGGUCUUCGUACGCCUCUGAGAUACAUCUCCUGACAAGUAAAGUGCGAGACAUCAUGGACGACAUCUUUUAUGAAGGCACCAAGCUGAAGACCCGUAUUAACAAUAGACUACCUCAAAUUGUAGGUGAUCGUCGUAAACCAGAAUGA